UGUCCCUCUAUAUAAAUGAGAUAUGACGCGCAAACACCGACUCAAGAGUGCUUUUGUUUUGGUGGUUUUAGGCAUUUGCUUCUCUCUUUCUCUAUCUACAUCUUCCUUUUUGCCUUGAAUUUAAGAAGAAAAAUAAAGAAGAAAAAAUGGUAGAUCUUCAGAAAGUAUGCUCCAUGUGCGGCGACGUUGGCUUCCCGGAAAAGCUCUUUCGCUGCUCCAAGUGCCACUACCGCUACCAACACUCGUACUGUAGCAACUACUAUAGUGAAUUGUCAGAGGGAAUAGAGGUGUGUGACUGGUGUCAAAGUGAAGAAAGAAACAGCAGUAGUUCAAGGCGUGGAAGUUCUUCCAGAAAAUCAUCAGCUGAAGGUAUGAUGAUGAGCAGCAGAUCAGAAUAUCCAGGUGGCGAUAAAAUCAAACAGCAACACCAUGAUCAUCAUAAUCACAGGGAAGAAUCAACGGCUCAUGAUCAAAAACCAAAGAAUAAUCAUGGUGGCGCACCCUCUCCUCGUACGUCCACCCGUAGGUACAAGCUUCUUAAGGAUGUCAUGUGUUGAGAGGAAAAAAAAGACUCAUGUCGUCAAUUAUCGUGUUAAUAUUAUGCCAUCUUCCUUUUGGAUAAUUGUAAGUUUUUUUUCUUUUUUUCUUUUCUCUUUUGACUUGUAGAGUACUACUUUUAUGUAUGGCCUAUGCUACCUACCUACCUAGCUGAAUAAGUUCUCAAUGUAGCGUUCUCUCUCUAUAUAUAUAAAUAUUAUGUACAAAUUACUACUAGUAGAUGAUAAUUAUGGGUUUUCCAUAAAA